AUGGAUCCACCAAAAUUAACAUUUAUUUCAAAAAGAGAUACAAAGAAAAAGGAUGAAGUGAAUAAAGAACAACCAACAAAAAAUUUAAAAAUAUUAGAUUUAUUUUCAAAUGAUGAAGAAUUUUCAAAUCCAACUCAAGAAGAACCAACAAAUACUCUUCAAGAGAAAUUAAUGAAUGUUGAUCCUCUAGAAUUCUUUUCAAAAGGUGGUUUAAAGGAAGAACAAAAGAAAGAAAGAGAUGACCAUAGGGAUGAUUAUAGAGAUUCUCGUGAUAGAGAUCGAGAUUAUAGGGAUAAUGGUGGUCGUGAUAGAGAUAGAGAUUAUAGGGAUGGUGGUGGUGGUGGUGGUGGUCGUGAUAGAGAUAGAAAUAGAGACAGAGAUAGAGACAGAGAUAGAGAUUAUAGGGACGGUGGUGGUGGUCGUGAUCGUUAUAGAGAUAAUGACCGUUAUAGAGAUACUGAUAGAUACAGAGACAAUGAUAGAAGAGAUGGUAGUGGUAGUGGUAGUAGUCGUAGAAGGGAUGAAAGAAGAGAGAAUAGUGGUCGUAGAGAUUAUAGAGAUAAUGAUAGAAGGGAUGAUAGAAGAGAUAAUGGUAGAUAUGGAAGAGAUAAUGAUAAUAGUGGUGGUGGUGGUAGUGGUAAAAAUAGUUCAGAUAAAAAAGAAGAGAUUAAUCCAGUUAGUAAUAAUAAUGAUAUUCAUAAAGAUAGAAUUAAAAGAGAUACAACUCAAUUCUCACAUAAAGUAUUUGAACAAAUUAAUAAUAAAAGAGAUAGAGAGGAUCCAGAAUUAAGAGAUAUUAAAGUUGACUAUAUGGGUAUAAAAAGAGAUGAAAAUAGAAAGAAAAUUAAAGGUGAAAAAGGUAAAUUCGUUUUCGAAUGGGAUAGUUCAGAAGAUACAUCAUCUGAUUAUAAUACAUUAUAUACAAAGAAAUUAGAAAUUCAACCUCAAUUUGGUCAUGGUAAUUUUGGUGGUUAUGAAAAGAAUAAUAAUAAUAAUGGUAAUCACUAUAAUGGAAAUAUAUACAAUAAUAAUAAUAAUAAUAACAACAACAACAACAAUAAUAAUAACAUAAAUAAUAAUAAUAAUGGUUCAAUGAUUGGUGGUAAACAAAUUUCAGAAUUACCAGAUACACAUUGGUCAAAGAAACCAUUGAAAUCAAUGACAAAGAGAGAUUGGCAUAUUUUUAAAGAGGAUUUCAAUAUUUCAACAAAGGGUGGUAUUGCGCCAAAUCCAAUUAGAACAUGGCAAGAAUCCAAUUUACCAAGAGAGAUUCUUGAGGCUAUUCGUCAACUUGGUUAUGAAAAACCAUCACCAAUUCAAAUGCAAUCCAUUCCAAUUAGUUUAACUGGUAGAGAUAUUUUAGGUAUUGCAGAGACUGGUUCGGGUAAAACUUGUGCUUUCGUUAUACCAAUGUUAAUUUACAUUAGUAAACAACCACGUCUAACUAAAGACACUGAAGCUGAUGGACCAUAUGCAUUGGUAAUGGCACCAACAAGAGAGUUGGUACAACAAAUUGAAAAGGAAACAAGAAAUUUCGCUCAACAUUUUGGAUUUCGUGUGGUUUCAUUGGUUGGUGGUCAAUCGAUAGAGGAUCAAGCCUAUCAGGUGAGUAAAGGUUGUGAAAUUAUCAUUGCUACACCAGGUCGUUUAAAUGAUUGUUUGGAGAAACGUUAUUUGGUAUUGAAUCAAUGUAAUUACAUCGUAUUGGAUGAGGCUGAUAUGAUGAUUGAUUUAGGAUUCGAACCACAGGUUACCAGUGUAUUGGAUGCAAUGCCCUCGUCUUUCUUAAAGAGUGAAGACGAUGAAAUGGCAGAGAAACAAGAAUCUGAUCGUAGUCAUAUCUAUCGUACCACCAUUUUAUUCUCUGCAACCAUGCCACCACUUGUUGAAAAGCUCUCCAAAAAGUAUCUAAGAAGACCAUGUACCAUUACCAUUGGUGAAGCUGGUAAAGUGGUUGACCGUAUUCGUCAAACUGUUAUCUUUGUCAAAUCAGAGAAUGAUAAGAAGGAACAUUUAACUCAACUAAUCAAGGAUGGUCCACCACCACCAAUCAUUAUAUUCGUCAAUAAAAAGAAACAUUGUGAUAUCAUUGCUCCCGUCCUCGAGGAAUGUCGUGUAUCUUACACUAUCCUCCAUUCGGGCAGAUCUCAAGAACAGCGUGAGGCUGCUUUAGAAGGUUUCAAAAAGAGAAAAUACGAAGUACUCAUUGCUACUGGUGUGGCUUCAAGAGGUAUUCAUGUCGAUGGUGUAACUCAUGUCAUCAAUUUCGAUAUUCCAAAGAAUAUAGAAGAUUACACUCAUCGUAUUGGUAGAACUGGUAGAGCUGGUUCAGCUGGUUUGGCCUCCUCAUUUAUCACUGAUAAAGAUGUUGAAAUCAUGUAUGACCUUAAACAAAUCUUAACUUCAACUAAUAAUAUCGUACCAAUUGAAUUAUUAAAACAUCCUUCUUCACAACAAAAACAUGGUUCUUCAAAAGAUCAUAAUAAAUCUGUAAUUUUUAAAUAA